UGCAGGACUUCCACGGCUCUUUCUCCUACUUUGAUCUGUAGCACAGCAAUGGCUGCUUCGAUCCUAAAACCGUUCGCGCGAGGAUUCACGUCGAGGGCAGUGAACGGUUUCACUGGCGCGGUCGGAAACACCCCGCUCAUCUAUUUGAAGACACUCUCGGAACAAACUGGGUCUCGCAUCUACGGUAAGGCUGAAUUCCAGAAUCCCGGAGGUAGCGUCAAGGACCGUGCUGCCCUGGGAGUCGUCGAGGAUGCUGAGGCACAAGGUCGCAUACAACCAGGAGGCACUGUUGUCGAAGGGACUGCCGGAAACACCGGUAUAGGUCUCGCGCAUGUGUGCAGAGCCAAGGGAUAUAAAUGCGUCAUCUUCAUGCCAAAUACCCAGAGUCAAGAGAAGAUAGAUCUCUUGCGCAUGCUGGGCGCGGAGGUACACCCCGUUCCCGCAGUCGCGUACGAGAACCCGCAAAACUAUAACCACCAGGCGCGGGGCUAUGCAAAAAGCAUUCCCAACGCGAUUUGGACCGACCAGUUCGAUAAUACCGCCAAUGCGAAUGCGCACUAUCGCACGACCGGUCCUGAGAUUUGGGAGCAGACAAACGGCGUGCUUGACGGAUUUAUCUGCGCGACGGGUACGGGCGGCACCUUGGCUGGCGUUGGCAAGUUCUUGCACGAAAAAAGCGAGGGGAAGACCCAAAUUUGGUUGGCCGAUCCACCGGGCAGUGUCCUCCAGAGCUAUGUGUCUAGUGGGGGCCGUCUGACGGAGCGGUCAGGAAGCUCAAUCACGGAAGGUAUUGGCCAGGGUCGCAUCACCAACAACCUUGGCACAUUUGUGGAGAAACUCUCUGGCGCUUUCAGCAUCCCGGAUGAAGAAUCACUCACAAUGGUGUAUGAUCUCUUGGAUACCGAGGGAUUGUAUUUGGGUGCAAGCUCCGCUUUGAAUGUCGUUGCUGCCGUCAAACUGGCACAGAAGCUUGGCCCAGGGAAAACUAUCGCAACUAUUCUCUGCGAUGGUGCUUACCGGUACCAGAGCCGAUUAUUCUCUAAGGCCUGGCUCAAGUCAAAGGGUUUGGAGGAUGCAAUUCCAGAACACUUGAAGAAGUAUGCUGUAUUGGAUUAAUUGUGUCGUCCCAAUAGAGUCUGCUUCUUUUAUUCACCCGAAAUCUCAUGGUGAGAUUGUUGUGUUUUUCCCAAAAAUAUGUUGAGGUCGUAGCAUAAGUAUUCGUGGCUAGUAUGCGCUAUCCAUGAGGAUAAUAAUGUGGACUGUGGUUUUGAACG